AUGGACUCAACAGCAAUGUAUUCCGCACCGGCGCCAGCACCAAAGACACUGACUUACACAACAGCAGUCCUCAAAGGCCACAAGCUCCUCGCCCUCAUGCACUCACCCAUCCCAGCACCAGGCUCAGGUCAAUUCGUCCCAGGCGACCUCGAGAAACACGGCUACGGGCUUCUACGCUACGGCUGCGACGAGACGAUUGACACACUCUCACAGAUGCUGCGAGAAAUGGGCACCGACGUAUGCGUGCGCGCCGAAGAAGACAACGGCAAGGGUGGCGACAACAUCGACAUGAUGCACUUCCUUCAAAGGGCCGUUGAAAUCAACGGCGUGCAUAUUCCAUCUAUGCACGCGAACUUUGGCUCCGUGAUGAACAUUCGAGCGGGUAUGAUUGUUGCAACGAAUAACCAUGCGCCUCGUGUACUUCCUGGUACAGAGAACCCGCCGCCUUUGCCUAUUUUGCGGCACUGGUCUGAUGUAGCUUUUCUACAGUGGUGUUUGCUUCCGAGUCUUGGCUUGUCUAUCCCGCCGUUGAAUUAUGUCCUGCGUGCGGGCAUCGAGAAUCAGGACACCAUUGCGGUCAUAUCCAGCGUGCUUGGGUACAGCGCGGUAGUUUAUUCGAUUAAUGAUGGCCCUCAGGUUAGGAUGGCUUGGCCCGGCCGAACCAUCCCAAUGGAUAAUUUGGAUGCUGUAGCUUUGUUGGGAACACCGAAUGGAAGCGGCGUUGCCUGGUUGCUUGCGCAACACAAGGCGGAGCUGGGCCAUCGCGUGGUUAAACGGGUGAGUAUUUUCUUCACCGUUGAUGACGGAGGUUUGGAGAAGCCGAAUCUGCUCUUUUGGAUUGAGGGGGUCGUUAGACCUAACUCAGUACUGUCGAAGAUCUAG